AUGCGGAUCCGGCACUUGUCCCACCGUCUCCUGCUGUCAGCCGCAUGGGUCGUCGCGGCGCUGUGCAUCCUGCCGAUCGCCGCGGUGGCGGUGUCGGCGCUCGGCGGCAGCCUCGAGACCUGGGCGCGGCUCGCCGAAACCGUUCUCUGGCGCUACACAUGGACGACGGUGCAGCUGGUCGUGAUGGUCGGGGCAGGCACCGCGAUCAUCGGCACGGGCGCGGCAUGGCUUGUCACGGUCUGCCAGUUUCCCGGACGGCGCCUCUUCGAGGUUCUGCUGGCACUGCCGCUGGCCUUUCCGGCCUAUGUGCUGGCCUAUGCCUAUACGGAUCUGCUCGAUCAUCCCGGGGCGGUGCAGACCACGCUGCGCGCGGUGAUGGGCUGGGGUCCGCGCGACUACUGGUUUCCGGAAAUCCGUUCGGUCGGCGGCGCGGCGAUCAUGCUGAUCUGCGUGCUCUACCCUUACGUCUAUCUGCUCGCCCGCGCGGCGUUCCUGCGCCAGUCUCCGACCGCCUAUUUCGCGGCGCGCACGCUGGGCCACUCGCCCUGGAGCGCGUUUCUGCGCGUCUCCAUUCCGAUGGCCCGGCCGGCGAUUGCCGGCGGCGUCGUGCUGGCGCUGAUGGAAACGAUCGCCGAUUUCGGCACGGUGUCCCAUUUCGGCGUGCACACAUUCGCAACCGGCAUCUAUCAGGCCUGGUUCGCGAUGGGCGACCGGGCGGCGGCGGCCCAGCUCGCCUUCUGCCUGAUGAUCGUGGCGCUGUUUCUGGUCUUCAUCGAACGCAUCGAGCGCGGAGCGCGCCGGCACCAUGAAGCGGGCCGGCGGAUCGAGGCGAUCGCGCCGCACGCGCUGAAGGGCUGGCGGGCGGCGGGCGCCGUCGCCUUCUGUUCGCUGCCGGUUCUGGUCGGCUUUGCGGUCCCGGUUGCCGUUCUGUUCGAAAUGGCGGUGUCGUCCGAACAGAACCCGUUCUCUGCCCGCUAUGUCGGCUUCAUCACCAAUUCGCUGACCGUCUCUUUCGUCGCCGCGCUGGUGACGAUGGGCGGAGCGGUGAUCAUCGGCUAUCUGGUGCGGCUGAAGCCCGGCCGCGGGCCGAGUUUCAUCAAGACGGUGGCCGGCAUGGGAUACGCCAUUCCCGGCGGCGUGAUCGCGGUCGGCGUUCUGGUGCCGAUGGCCGGGUUCGACAAUGCGCUGGAUGCGUUCAUGGAAGCGCGGUUCGGCAUCUCGACCGGCCUUCUGGUGACCGGGUCGAUGGCCGUGCUGGUCUUUGCCUACAUGGUCCGCUUCAUGGCGGUGGCGCUGUCCUCGUUCGACACCGGCAUGAGCCAGAUCAAGCCCAACAUGGACGCGGUGUCUCGGACGCUGGGCGCAUCCACCGGCCGGAUGCUGGGCCGCGUGCAUCUGCCGCUGAUGAAGGCGAGCCUUCUGACCGGCUUCCUGAUCGUCUUCGUGGACGUGAUGAAGGAACUACCGGCAACCAUGAUUCUGCGGCCGUUCAAUUUCGACACGCUCGCCGUUCAGGCCUACCGGCUGGCCUCCGACGAGCGGCUGGACCAAGCCGGCGUGCCUUCGCUGAUCAUCGUCGCCUUCGGGCUCCUGCCGGUGAUCAUCAUGAUGCGUGCCAUCGCCAAGGAGCGGCCGAAGCACCAUUCGGAAGUGCCCGCCGCGCUGGCCGACCCCUAUGCGGCGCCCGAGCCGGAGGCGCAGCGGGCGGUUUGA